CAUGCGGGCGGAUGGCGGCCGGGCGCCCCGGGAGCCGUGGCUGACCUGCUCCCGCCCCCGCGCCUGGCCCCGCGGCGUGGGCAGUGCGGUCCCUCCGCGGCCCGGCCGGCCCGCGCGCCUCGGACCCGCCCGCGGCGCCGCCCAGCUGGGCUCCGGGGGCGCUGGGGGCGGCGGCCCGGCCCGGCCCGGGAGGAGAAGGCGGGAGCGGCGCGGGGCGCGAGGCGCGGGGCGCGGGCGGCAUGAGUCAGCAGCGGCCGGCGCGCAGGCUGCCCAGCGAGCUCGUGGACCCGGCCGCGGAGCCGGUGCGCCGCCGCUGCCAGGACCCCAUCAACGUGGAGGGCCUGCUGCCAUCGAAAAUAAUGAUUAAUUUAGAAGAUAAUGUACAGUACGUGUCCAUGAGAAAAACUCUGAAAGUGAAGACGCCCCGGUUCGAUGUGUCGCUGGUGUAUUUAACCCGGAAGUUCAUGGAUCUGGUCAGGAAUGCUCCCGGCGGGAUUCUCGACUUGAACAAGGUGGCCACCAAGCUGGGCGUGCGGAAGCGGAGAGUGUACGACAUCACCAACGUCCUGGAUGGCAUCGACCUGGUGGAAAAGAAGUCCAAGAACCACAUCCGAUGGAUAGGAACCGACCUCAACAACUUCGGAGCGGUGCCGCAGCAGAAGAAGCUGCGGGAGGAGCUGUCCGACCUGUCGGCCAUGGAGGUGGCUCUGGAUGACCUGAUUAAGGACUGUGCCCAGCAGCUGUUCGAGCUGACGGACGACAAAGACAACGAGAGGCUCGCGUACGUGACAUACCAAGACAUCCACAGCAUCCGCGCCUUCCACGAGCAGAUUGUGAUCGCUGUGAAGGCGCCGGCGGAGACCAGGCUGGACGUCCCCGCCCCCAGAGAGGACUCCGUCACUGUGCACAUCCGGAGCACCAACGGGCCCAUCGACGUCUACCUGUGUGAGGUGGAGCAGGGCCGCUCCCGCAGGAAGCGCUCUGAAGGUGCAGGGCCCUCGGCGUCCAAGAAAAGCAAACACUCUAGAAAGCCCGACAAAGAAGAAGACCCUCCGCAGCAGAGGGAGGCGAGUGACUGAGGGGAGCCGGUGCCGUGUGUGAGCGGCUCAGAGCGCCGCGCGGAUGUGACGCCCGAGCGGGUCCUCAGCGGUCGGUCCUGUGAGGCCCCCCCGGCGGCAGCGGCAUCGCGGCCAGAGCGUCUCUGAGCCGCUCGCUCCGGGGGUUCCGGGAUCCCUGUGGUUCGCGCACUCACAGCGGCUCUUCAUACCUGCUGGCCUUCAUCAGUGACCUGGACGUCCUGCCCCUGACGCUCCGUCCUCAGCGAGCGCCACUCCCCCGAGAGGCCAGGCCUGGUGGACCCUCCUCCCAGGGCAUGUGUCGUCCGCCCGGGAGCAGUUGCCUUACACGAGGUCACGUCUGCAUUAGCUGCUGCGCGGUGGGCGGGCGUGCACACGCAUCUCACUGUGACGUCUGUACACAUCUGUAAUGCUUCGAUGGCUCAUGUGUGCCUCAGUGAGUCUUCGCCGUGUACAGCCGCAAUCAUGUAUAUAUGGAAAUUAGCGGAUUCCCUGAUCUGUGGUAUCUGUAACUUAUUAGAAUCCUCUGAACGUGAAGAUCAUGGGUUUGGUUCGAGUUUCUGUGUGAUCCCUGUGGUGGAAGGGUUCAGGCUGCCUGCAGUGACUGUGUCUGAGCAGACGGUGGCGCCCCACACCUUCAGGGACGGGUGGGAAGGCCAUCAGGUAGCGGCUCAGUGGGUGUGAGACAGGACCUCGAUGGUGGUGGCCGCUGGCCGCUGUUCUGAGCUUUGUGCCAGCAGGUGUGUGAUGUCUCUGUGCAGCUCUGCUCCUCCCCAGAGGGUGCUUUUAGGCCUUAGCUGUCCCCUCCCUCUCCCGCUCCAGGCCCUUCGCCGAGCACCUGGCGAUGUCUACCUCACUGGUGAAUCACGUGCCACCUGUGCCUCAGUCACUGCGUUACCGCCCGCCCCGCCCGGAGCCGUGCACAGUGCCUGCGCGUAGACGUGCUCAGUAGCAAGUGCGUGGAUUGUAAAAUCAGACCACACAUCUGUGGCUUGUCUGCCAUACAGGACCGUAGGAGCAUCAUCCACAUUUAUAUUUUAAACGUCUCUCGCUUUCAAAGAAAAAUAUGAAGCAACUUGAAAUUAAGAUCAUGUAUAAAGGUUUAAAAUGGGAAUCAAAAUAUUGAAAAAUAGUGCUGCCUGUUUAGGAUGCACAUACCUCUGCACUCCCGUGGCUUCUCCCUGUGCCCUGUGCACGUGCUGCCUCCCCGCAGCUGCCUCCCUAUCCCCACCCCCACCCCCACCCCCGCUUUCUCUCCAGGCCUGCCUGCUGCGAGUGCUCCCACGUGGGACUGAAGCAGGCCAGGUCUCAGUGAGAACUGGCAGCUGUCGGUCUGUGUGAUGGCCGCAGCCCUGAGGAUGAGGUCAUUAACGCAGCGGUCACCAGCCUUUCGGACCUCACAGGUCCCCACGUGGUGACCGCUGAUCUCACGAGGGUAGAGCGGGAGGAGAGGAGGCCUGAGCCCCUGUGGGGAAGGGGAGACAGAAAAGGCCUUUGCUGAGAAGGAAUGGGGUGGGGGUAAGGAAGGCAGUCUCCCCAAAGCCAACAAGGGAAGCGUGGCGCAGGUGAUGGCUUUGUUUCUGAGCAGCAGUUCUGAACUCGCGAGACGUGACACGUGUUCAGCUUUACGGAUUUGUGCGAGGGCAAAAGAUCAUGUGAACAGAGCUCUCUGUAACCACAGACGUGUGCUAUAAAGGAAUGUUCUUUAUC